AUGCCACGAACAUUCCCAUUUCCUGUUAACAUUGGAACCGACAUCUGCAGGAUCAGUCGCAUUCAGGAUAUCCUAACAAAGCAUCAAUCGAAAUAUGCACAUCGAUUUAUCAGAAGGAUAUUCACUCCACAGGAGCAAGUGUGGUAUCGACCGAGAUUAUUGCCCUUGAUUGAAUACCUAUAUUUCAUGGAACGAAGGGAAUUCAUUCAAGGGAAGAUAGAAAAGCAAGAAAGAUGGAAGGCGAAAAGCUUGGAGGCGUUGAUAGGACUCGUUACCCCGAAAGAAACGCCUCUGCUGAAUAGUACUGCCGCGAAUGAUAAACCUGUUGGUUCUUUGAUAUGGCCUACCUACGGCGCCCAAGAAGAUCCGAAAAAACUGACAAAAGAGGAAGAGGAAUCAAUUUUAAUUCAAUUGAAAGAGAAUGUGCAAGGAGUUGCGAGAUUUGUGGCUGGCCGUUUUGCGGCAAAAGAAGCAGCCAAGAAAGCAUUCAGCAAGAGGAAAUUGAAUUUCCACGACAUUACAAUUGACAGCCCAUCCCUGGAUAACCUCAGGUCUAGAGCACCCGUCACACUCAUUAAAUCAGCAGCAGGACAGGAGGAUCAGAUAGUACCAAUGAGCAUAAGUCACGAUGGAGAUUACGCGACUGCUGUGUGUAUGUCUUGUGAGGACGUCGCUCCUCCACCCACGCCGGAUCUUCAACAGAUAGAACCUAUGUUAGCCCGCCUUCUCGAUGAGAUAACGAUUAAACGAUUAGAGCUGCCGUCAGUGUCAUCCAGAUCUUUAGAUAAGGACAAACGAACACCCGAUUCAAGGUUGAAAGAUUCUACUUCAGAAGAACCUUCAGAGAGACUUUCGACUCCACUCCAGAAGAUACCGGUAAAAUUGACAAGUCCAAUCACUGGAAAGUUAUCAGAAAUCUUGAAUUCAACUCCGGGCGGUUGGUCUAAGGUUUCGGCUCCUGAAGUCAAGGAAGACCUGAGCGUCUCAGAAGUCUCGGAUCUUGUUGAAUCUGAGGUCUCUUCAUCUUCUAUCGAUGAAUCGGUGGUUGAUAGUAAUCUGGAUGUUUCAAAAAUUACUGGUCAUGAUCUGUCAAAAGCCCCUCUGCCCGCACCUAAUGACCCAACGACCAGAUAUCAUUCGAGUGGCACAAGUGCUUUCAAUUCCAUAAAUAUCGAACUUCAGAAUCAAUCCUUCAAUCGUAAUUCUUCUGAUUCUCAAGUCAGAGGAUUUAAUUAUAGGGGCAUUGAAAUGAAUGGCUACCAACCGAUUGAAAACACUCAGAAUAGUACAGAAUUUGCACAGGAAUCCGAUAAUACUGCUUUCUCUCAAGCUAAAAGUCGCUCAAUGACGUGGACCGGAAGGUAUGACAACCAAUCGAAUGAAUACCCCCAACGUGAUAGAGGUUUUCCACAAGCAUCUGAUGAUGAUCUUUUUCAUCGUCGCUCUGAUGUCUGGACAUGCAAAUCUGAAGGAUGUGGUUGUCAAAACGUUAUCUAUGAUCGCCAGUGUGUGAAUUGUGGUACCAAGCGUCUUGAAGGUUGGGCCAAUUGGAUAGAUCCAGACAGUAAAUAUAACGAAAGGUUGGCGGAAUGCUCGAAUCAUGUUGGGCUCCCAUUCAAGAUCGAUCAGGCUCAAGAGGAAGAGAAGAAGAUGAGGAUAGCAAACCGUCAAGCGAGAUUACACGAACGAUCGCAAAGUAUUUAUGGAUUACCAACAUAUUUAGAUCCUAAAUUGAUAAAAAGGAAUGUUGAGAACAGUCUUAGGGUUAUGGGGAUUCCCCUCGGUACAACGAAUGAAGAAUUAAUCGAAGCUUUCAAGGGAAAAUGCACAGCCAUAAAAGGAUAUGUCAGACAAUCGAGAGAGGGUAUUAUACAUGGUUCGAUCAUCUUGUCACGAGAAAAUGAAGCAAAUAAACUACGACAUAUGGAUAGAAGACCUUAUGAAUUACCUGAGAUCAGAGGCCACAGGUUAAGAAUGGUCAAGGCGGAUGAUUGGCUCAGAGGAUUUCUGAGGGAGUAUGGAUCAGGCGCUCGGAUUUGGGAUUGGAAAGCGGAUUUCUGGACCACGGAUGUUUUCCAUCGGUAUGAUAAGAAGGAGUGUGAUGAACAUGCUAAACAGCAGUUGGAGGUGUGGAAAGAGAUUCAGCGAAAUCAGCAGGAGCAACGGGAAGCGGAGGAGAAGAAGACGAGGAAGAAAUUGGCGAAGUUGGAGAAGGGUUUAGAGGAGAAGGGAACGAAGAAGUUGGCGAAGUUGGUGGGUGAUUUGAAGCGGAAGUUGGAGAAGACGGAGAGGGAAAGGUUGAGGAGGGAGUCGAUGGGGCUGGGGAAGGUGCGGAAAGAGAAGGAGUAG